UUCGGUAUAAAAGACGAUGAGGUAAAGAACCAUAUUUAUUGGCUAUAUGGUACCUAAGAUGACAACAUCUAUUGAAGAAGCUAUAAAAACUCCCAAUAGCGCAUAUCCUAACUUGGAACAGCGACUAGAGACGUAUAUGCGAAGAAUUUGUGGCCUCAAGAAUAUCUAUACACAGAAUGAGUAUGAUCCAAAUGAAGUGGAAUAUUUUGGAGUCCUAAGCUUGAGAGAUGCACGAGCUCCUCGUCGAAAGUUGUGGUAUAUGUACUACGCGACAACGGAUCAAUUGGACACUACUGUGGAUCGGAUCCAUCGUAAAUAUGGUCAAAAGAAUAUGUACGAGCUCUUCAGAAAGCCAGUAUAUAGUGGGGUCGGAAUGAGAUCACGUGUUAAAUACCACUUUGGAGGACUAAAGUGGUAUGUUAAAGGAAAUAUUUUGGAGGCGCCUCCCGAAAGCUCCUAUAAUGAUGAAAAGGUGGUGAACACAAUCGCAGACUUGUACCAGGCUGAAAGGCGAAAAUAUUACGAUUACUUAGCAUCUGCGAAUGAUCGUUAUAAGAAAUGGACAUAUUAUCCUCUUAAUGCGUAAUAGAUGCUUGUGUUGCAUCUACAUAUAAGAUUCAAUUAGAAUAAGCUAUAAAUACAAGACUGUAAAUAAAAACUAA